AACAUGCACCACUGUUUAUGCAUUCUCUUUAUCUCUGACUCUCUCUUAUCUUCUCUGUUCCCAAAGCCCAUACAGGUAAAAGAACCUGCUCCCAAAGUUGGCUGUGCAAACAGAACAGAACACUUAAUACUAACAACACUAAUGAGUCCACUCACAGCUUCAGAUACAUCAUAUUUUCCAACUCUCUUCAAACGCCAUCUUAACUUGACUUCUCUUCUUUUCCCUUGCCCUUUUAAACUCAUCUUUCCAAGUCCACAACACACACACACACACACAUUCUCUCUCUCUCUCUUAGUCUUCACCUCUCAAGUAUCUUUUUGGUGUGUAUAGAUAACAGACAAUGGAAGAUGAUCAUCAUCACCAUCAAGUAGAAGAAGAGGAGGAAGAACAAGAGAUCAAGAGACAAGAAGACACAUCUUCUAGAGUAUUCCGCUGCCUCUUUUGUUCAAGAAAGUUCCAGAGUUCACAAGCCCUAGGAGGCCACCAGAACGCCCACAAGAAGGAGAGAACAGCUGCAAGAAGAGCCAAGAGGGCUUACGAUUUUGUCAACAACAAUGACUUUCUUCACACGCUACCUCUAUUCUUAUCUUCUCCUUCUCCUUCUCCACAUCAAUUGGCCAUCUUAAGCUACCCAUCUUCUGCCUCAGUUGGCUGCUUUCCAGCUCCUCAUCCUAACCAUCCUAUCUUCAGAUCCAACGGUGCUCAUGUCGCGUUAAGUAGAUAUGUCAAAGGAGAGUAUUUUGGUCAACAACUUGUUCAAGUUUUGGAUCAUAACUAUAACGUGGUGACUAGUGAGAACGGUAACGAUCACUGUCUUGAUCUAUCCCUCCAUUUAUAACGUAAGGUAUAUUGUUACUUGUUAGAUCAGCGGGAAAAGAUAUCGACUGUGCCCACAUUUCACAUACAUUGAUGUUCUCACACUUGACACACUGAUCGCAUAUAUGUUUCUUACUCUGCAUGAGAGUCGCCCUAACGUGGAUGUAUACAAUUAUAAUGCCCACAUGGAGAAGCUAAUCUGCAUUGAAUAGAAGAUGAUAUUUUUCAUGUGGACGUUGGACUAUGUAAGACCUAUAACUUGAUGACUUUAACUGUCAAUUAUUAUUAUCCAGUAAUUUACUAUUGAAUGAAGAAAGAAAACCACAAAAUGUUAUACAAGAUAAUGAAAAACACUCACACAUGACAUAAUCCGUUGUUGGCCGAACUCAAUAUUGUUUUCAUAAUAGCAUUAAACAUUAAUGUUGGUCAGUCUUGAAGUCUUUGUCCAACAUGUGGAAAUUUAUGAAUCAACUGAUUGUGUGAGCGUAAAUUAGAGCUUAUUUAGAUAUGUAUUGUAUAGUUUUUAACAUUUUCUACUGUAAAUUAUUAGUGAUAUGAUAUUUAACCUUAUAAAAAAACAAUAAAUAGUACCAGCCGCUAACUAUAAUUAAACUACUACUUUUUUGUUUUGUGUUUAAAAACUAAAAGCUACUACUUGACUUGGUUCAAAUUUAAGAAAAUCUACAAUUACCCAGAAAAUGUGCUAAG